AUGAUGAUAAGUUUUCAUGUCCCGGCGCUGUGCAGCUCGGCUUCCGGUGAUGUUAAGAAAAGCUGCUCUCCCGUUCAGCACUAUCUUAAGGUGCAUAAGUCGUGCGCCGAAAGCGGAAAGUGUGAUCGGCCUAUCCCGCCAGACUGGACCGGCGUCUCUUCACACCUUUUUCUGGAUGGCCGAUUAGUGGGUGUUGGUGGCAUUCAGUGCUACGUGGCCGACCAAGAGUAUCUCAUAAUCGCAUCUGUUGUUCGCUGUCGUUUUGAAACGACCUCACUCAGCUCGGCAGUGAGGCAAGCAUGCCACUGGCAACCGAACGGCCGAAAAGAUGGCAAUUCCUCGGUACCGUAUUAUGCCGAAGAAGGCCAGGGCAUCGUAUUGGGUUGCACCGAAUGCAGCAGCUCUGAUCGACUUGCCUGCUCGUUCUGU